AUGCCUUGUGUGAGCGGCGAGGGUUUUAUCUAUGGAGUGCUCUCUGGAUUCUUAUUCCUAGUCACCCUCUUCUUCGCUGCUGCCUUCAUCAUUGCUUGCGAUUCUAAGGAGUGCCCAACAAAUUGCCUAGAAGAUUGUCCAGAUUGUGCGCCGCUCAAUAUUUAUAUCGACUGGAAUCAAAGGGGUGUAUGGAUCCACGGCGAAGACAAAGAUGCGAUCUUGGAUUUCACCUUGGUGGAUAUCACUGAUCCUAACGGUCCGGCUGAGAUCCCAUUCGAGUUCGCUAUGGACGGUGGUUUGCAAUAG